AUGGUGUGGGCGGCGCAAAGGUUUGUGGCGAAGGGGCCUCUUCGCAACACUAUGAUACGGCGCCGGCGCUUUGUGCCGCCGUGGGAGCGCGACGGCAAGAGCGCCGAAGAUUUCUUUGCUGGUCUUUUGCAAAGCGGAAACCCGAUGCAGACGAGCAGGCGAAAUAACAAGCGUAAGGAAGAGAGCAACGAAAGGGCCGUUGAGGAGGCGCCGUCACUAGAAGAGGAGAGGCGUCUUGCGGCGAUCCACGCGCACAAUGAAUCCGUUUUAAACCAACGAAACAACUUUGUGCCGUACGGAGCGAAACCGGUGGUGUACUUUGAGAGCAGUCAAAUGGCUGCCUUGGGGGAUUACGAGGCGAUGCUGCUGGCGUCCACCGGCUCGGCCGAGCAAAGCAGCAGCUACUCUUCGCCUGUACGUGAGAUGCUGCAGGCGGAUUUGCAUCAGAAGCUGCCCUACAGGUAUGAGUCUUAUGUGGAGCCACGCGGCAAACAGGCCCUGUGGCCACUGCACGGAACUUCCGGCAUUGUUCUUGACAUCGACGGUGUUGUCUACCGCUCGCACAAGCUUAUUGAAGGCUCCGAUGCCGCGAUUCGCAAGAUUAUGGAGCUCCACAUCCCACUACUUUUUAUGACAAACGGAGGUGGACUCUCGGAGGAGGAGAAGGCGGAGGAACUCUCGCAACUCGUGGGGUGCAAAAUUGAUGACUCUCAGAUUCUCCUCGCCCACUCUCCGAUGAAGUUGUUAGCGCCACUGUACAAAAAUCAAAACGUGUUGGUGGUGGGCCGUCCACGCUGCGCUGAUGUGGCGAAGAUGUACGGUUUUAACCGUGCCAUGUCUAUUCUUCAGUACCAGGUGGAACACCCAGAUAUGGUGCCCUACAAAAAGUGGGGCAACUUGAAGAAGUGUACGCCAGGCAGUGUUGCCUUCCCUGAGAUUUCCGCCAUUCUGCAGUUCAGCGACCCGGACGACGCCUUCAGUGACGUGCAGACAAUUCUAGACGUACUACUGGCGCCGUGCGGUCAAGUGGGGCGUUACGUGUCGAGCACACAGAGCAUUCCAUACUAUGUCUCAGCUGAUGACCUGCUGUGGGCGACGGAUGCGCCGCUUCCACGACUUGGUCAGGGCGCCUUCCGCGAGAUGAUGUCAGCCGUCUUCGAGAGCGUCACUGGCCACGGGCUGCAUGUGACACCGUUUGGAAAGCCGCGCGCCAUUGCGUACGCCUACGCGGAGCGCCGCAUGGAGGAAGUGAGCGCACGCCUUGGUUGGGAUCCACGGGCGCUUCGCGCCAUCUUCAUGGUGGGUGACAAUCUCGAGACGGACAUCCUCGGUGCCAACGCGCGUGGCGGCAGGUGGACGUCGGUGCAUGUGCUCACCGGCAUCGGUGCCGCACCUGCCGCGCGGCGGACACUUGCGGAGGACGACGCGGAGCAUGAGUGGCUCGAGGCACAAGUGAGCAAGACGCCUCACUACGUGGCGCCCACGUUGGACCACUUCCUCCGUGAGCUCCUCGCCUUCCCGGAGGCGGCGCUACUACAAAACAAGAAGCCGUAUUACGGGAUGCCGAAUCCCGUGGAUCUCCGCGAGACAUAUAACUUUGCGCCUGUGUGA